AUGCAAAAUAAUAAUUUUAGAAAGCCUUAUUUCUCAGUUCACAACAUCCCUUAAACAUCUGAUUAAAGAAGAAGAGCUAAAAUAAUAUAAAAAAAAAAUAACAUUAAACUAAAGAAUAUUAAUGUACCAAAAUUAGAAAGAAGCCUAAGUGCACCUCAUAAUAUGAAAUUUUUUGGAAAGAUAUUUAUACCUCCCCAGAUGUUUAGAAGCCAAUAAUAAUAAUAACAUAGUAUUAAAGAUUCUUUAUCUCCAACAAGAUUAUCGAAAAUAAGAACUGGAAGAAAUACACUCAAAUUUUCGGAACAUAUUUCUAAUGAACCAAGUCCUUAAGUAAUUGUUAACAAGUAAAAAGAUGAAGAUUAAGUUAAAGAAGUAUAGAAAAGAAAAAGUUGUGAUUGUUCUGAAUGUGGUAAGUAAUCCUUAUUCUAGAGAGAAACAAUGAAUUAUGGAGUUUAAAUUAAUUAAUUAAUGAGAGAGUAGGAAUCUGCUAUUAACAAAUUUAAAAGAUCAAUACGAAAAUAGUAAACACUGUUAUUCCCUUAAUAUCUCAAUUCUCCAAAAAAUAGUGCAAAUAAUGAAAAUAUAGUUGAAGAAAUCUAAAUUCUCAGAGAUGAUAUUAUGAUCAAAUCUUUUGCUCACAGACCUACUUUAAGUAGCUUAGUCUUUGAAGAAUAAAUCACCGUUAAUAAAUUAUCUCCUAUUCAUUCAUCAAGAAGAAUUAAACAUACCUGUUUUGAAUCUUUUUUAAUCAAAUAGUAAAUAAUUAUGAAUUAAGAAAAAUAAUAAUUCACUAGAUAAACAGGAUUAUUUGAAUCUUUACAUAAAAAGAACAAUUUUUCUAAUAAAAAUACUUAAAUGCAUACUCCAUUAGUACUUACUCCUAGAUCUCCAGCUUCAUCUAUUAUUACAGGUUUUCCAUCUUAAUCUCCUGUCAAAAAAAAAAAUUAAAGUAAUAUUUAUUUACAGCCUCAAAAAUCAAAGUUCUUUAUAAACUAAAAUAGAAUUACAACUCUUCCUGAGGUACAUUAAUGA